UUUAAUAUGUACGUUGUUUAAAUUUAAUGAACUGAGAGUGCAAGUGUGUAUUAAAUACACAUCGAAAUCCCUUUAAAAACGAUAUAUGAAGGGUAGAUAGUUUAAAAAGUGUAAAAUGGAUAAUCCAUCCGAGGAAUCCCUUGAUUUGGACGACUUUUUAGGGGAUGUCGAUGUGGAUGCUGAGCGGCUUACGGCGAUGCUGCGCAAACAGGCGGCCAAACAGCUACGCCAACCAAGAAACCAGCGGGUCUUUGGUGACCUCGAUUUGGAUUUGGAUUUUGAUGUGCACUUCACCAAGCGCGAUAAAGCACAAGGUACUACAAAUACGGGCACCAAGUCUCCACUGAGAGAAUCAGGAAAUAACCAGAAUGCAAUAAAUGGGCUCAUUCCAGCUGCUGCAUCACCAGAAGCAGCGGCAACAGCGCCUGCUAGAGCCAUAGCUUCAGCAGAACCACAAUCACCCGUACACGAAAACUUACCACCACGCACCCUCAGUCUUUCACCCAGAAGUAGCUCACAAAAUAGUCGCUCCGCACGGAAUUCGGUGCGUCGCAGUGGCGGAGCAGCUGUCUCGGAUCAACUGCGUCGCGUGGCCAUACGCAGGCGAUCGCAAAGCCAUGGUCGACGACAAUUGUUGAAGGAAUUCGACGACCUCACACCUUCGCUAAGCACUUCCCCGAGUUCGGGAAGCUUUCAACCUGCAGUGAGCAGCACACCUUCUUCCCAACCGCAUCGCACGGAACCGGCUUCCCUACUGCCUGAGGCUGUACAGUUGCGUCAGCAACACGAGGAGAAUUUUCAACAAAAUUUCCCGACCCUGGAUCGCGUUGGAAGUGUCUGCCCUCUACCUCCAUCCGGAUCUCCGCGUUCAAUCACACCCACGUCGCACACCACUCCUAGCUCUAUGCAUCGUUCAGCGGCGUCAGAAAGCUCUAUACGUCGUACUUACACCAUAGAAAAGGGACCCAUGCCAGGCCAGUUGCUGCUAUCGCCAUCUGCAGCAACCAGCCAGGAAAUAUUACAUGAAAGUCGUCAGCCAGUAGUGCGUGUGCGUCGUACUGCGGAUUUGCUCUACCGGUCGGCGUCCCAUCAAACUAUUAGAGUUAAUACGCCCGACCGUCAAAUGGUGUUAGAAUCCCCGUGUAGAAGUGUACAUCUUGAGCCAGAGGUUGUUGUGCCCGAAACACAGGAGCCAGGAACUGAAAAUGCCCCUGUAAAUCAAACUGCACGUUUAAUACAAGACAUAUCUCGCUCUACAAAUGCGCCCAUGGUUGUCAUACCUAUAUCGUGUAAUGGACACGCACCGGUGGCGUCGGUGGAGUCAAUGAAGUCCGCUUCACCUAAAGUCAAAAACGCACAAUCUAUGGCGGUGCAAACUGCGGCAGUUAAUGAGUCUGUAGGUCCCUGUACUAACCGAAGCGUGCAAACCUCCAAUGACCAACCAAUGGAGAACCUUGACCAAAUUAUGACGGACGAUGACAGCGAUGAGGAUCGGACAUCCCGACAAUCGGAUGCGAUGGUUUCUGGCCAAACUGACAAAUCAGUACCUUUAAAUUUGGCGCCUUCCGGCGGUAAUACGACACGACAGCGACGACUUCGUAAACGCAAUUAUAGAGCUCCAGUGCUGGACUCCACAACACAGCUGCUUAAUUUACAUCAGAAUGGUAAGCGACGAACGCAAAAUCCCAAAACGCAAUUACCACUCAAUAAGCCACCGAAUGCACCAAUCAAUGGUGAACAAUUUGCUGAAGAGUUGGUACGCAUGAGCAACUAUGAGAUUCUUGAUUUGCGCAAACGCAACUCACUGGGCAAAGUGGUUAUGCCGCUAAAUGGGCAGAGAACGCACAUGGAGGAAGAACGGUGCCGGGAGAGACAGUUAGUGCUGGAGCAACAAAUACAAUGGGAGAUAUUGCGUCGCAAUUUGGAAGGAAAGGGCGAGGGCUUGCCCGCCAUCCCUUCGGAUCCCAUCGAGUUCACUGAAACAGAAUUGGAUGAGUAUCAAAGCCCUGAAGAGCUGCACCCAGUGAGGCAGACACAGAAUGAACAACAGGCAGCAGAUGAGGAACAAUCAGCAUUGCGACAGCAGAUAGUAACUGAGAAGCAGACCACUGAAAUGGCACCCCCUGCCGAUUUUCGUGACAAAAGCAGAGUGAAUGCGGAGAAGUCUGUACGCCAAACACGAAGCUCAGAGUUGAGCAAAACAAAACGACGAUCACGCUCACGACGUGGAAACGCUCCUAUGACUAAGGAGUUGGAACACUAUUUGUCAUUGUCACAGACAAUUAAUGAUCGUCGAAAAGCGAAAUCGAACUCAAAACGACUUCUUUAUAACAAAGGCGACUCCGAAACAGAGGACAGGGAUGGAUCGUCGCCUGAGAAACAGAUGCGUGUAACAGAUUUAGAAAUUGCUCCAGAGCCACCAGCACAACGUAGUUUUAGUGGCAGCUUGGACCAUAUACAUAUUGUGCCGCCACCUCCAUCACCGCCAUUGAUGCGACGUCAAUCGCAAUCAAUGCGUGAGUUGCGGCGUUCGGCGAGAGUUACAGAGCUGGAUGUGGUGGUCCAUGACCUGAAUGAGGAAGACGAUGUUCUAGCUUCGCCGCCAUCUCAAUUUGCCACACGUUCGAGUCGCACACGAAAUAAUAGUAAACUGGUCGUGGAUACCUCAAAAUCACAGCGACGUUCAAAACGUCGUGUGGAGGCUGAGCCUGAAAUUUCCGAAGAUGAGUUGCCCAACACUCCACCACGUGAGUUUGCCCCAAGUCCAAUUUACGAGAUGCGUGACGACGAAGUGAUAGUAGAGGUAGUGGCUACACCACCGGCAAGAUUCCAAACGCAACGAAGGGAAAGCAUGAAGGAUAUGGAAGCAUUGCGAAUGGAAACCCCCACACCCCCUGCUGCUCCGGGGGCACAACCCAUCGAAUCGAGGAGGUCGAAUAAUGAGCAGCCGAGCACAAGUAAAGCAGCGCGUCAAGUUUUAGAACAAUCCCGAAUAGCCUCAGUGGUUCCUGCUCCUACUCUUCCUUCUCCAGAUGAUGCUAUUUUUAAGAAACCGCUGGCUCCAGCACCACGGCGUAAACAAAUAAAUAAAUCUCAGCUGGAAAGACAAAUGGAUAAGCUGCGCAUGUCGCAUUUGGUCAAUGCGACGCUUAAAGAUUCCGAAACCAGUGGCAAAGAGGAUUCAUCAGCAGUUCGUCGAUCGAAGCGUGGUCAUGUGCCUCUGAAGAAUACUUGGAUACACACGGUCGUAAAUCCGCUGAAGCUGGGCUUUUUAGGUAAUCAGAGUAUCGUUGUUAAUAAGGCCAAGACGAAGAAGCCGCGAAAGGAAGUACAACAACGAACAGAAGACGGCAGCUUAUUUUUCAGACUGCCAUUGUCCAGCAGCACGCCAAUCAAUGUACCCGUCAGCACAAACACUCAUCCAACGAGCGAUGCAAGUACUGCGAAACAAAUGGCUGCAGCGCACCAGACUGCAGACAGCGAGGCGAUCUCCGCCUUUAGUGGACUAGGCGAUACGAAUACUUACACAUCAGGCAUUGAACCAUUGCCAGAAACUGCCGACGAACAGCAACAGGAGGAGCGACAGCAAGAACAGGAGACGCCAGUGUCAAAAUCAUCAGAAAAGAAGAUAAACACAAAGCAAACGGCUGUAGUUGCUCCCAAAAAACGAAGUAGAAAGAAGAAUGUACAAGAGCUGCCUAAGCAGCCAGCGAUAGAGCAGGUGGAAGAACAAAAGAAAGUUCCAAAGAAAGCUGGACGCAAAAAGAAAACCCAAGUCGAUCCGGAGAAUCAAGCGGUGGAAGAGGAACAAGAGCGGCAACAAAUGAAUACGGAUGAGCUUGUGCCAUCACCGCCGCUCUCACCGACUACUUCCGAAAUGGUAUCUUCAGCGGCAGCAGAAGGAGCAGUAGCUGCUAGUCCGGCAUUCACUGAAGAUGAUGAGCAACAAGCCGCUUCAGCUCGCCUCAUGGCUUGGCUCCGAGGCGCCUCUGAAACGCAGCCUGGUGAUACCGCAAAUUGGACUGCAACGGAUUUCAAGACCAUGCAUCUAUCAUCUGUGGGUAGCUUGGUCUUCACUUCACUCGAAGGUGUUGACUUUGCUUUCUACGACACGGAACAGAAGGCUUGUUUGGGUUACAUGCGCCUAAAACCUCUGCAAGAACGAAGUGCUAAGCGUGCUAAGAGUUAUACUUUGCAUUUCGUUCUGCUUCAUGGGCAGGUAGCUGUAGAUAGCACGGCUGCUGGUGUCGAGGAAACUGAAAACAGUGUUUUGGGUCCCGGCGACAUGGUUGAGAUUAACAAAGGCACGCGCUAUAGUAUUCGGAACUUGGUAAAUACAGUCAGUUUGCUGAUGGUGUUCCGUCGGUGAGCCUUAAUCUCUAUCAGUUAUAGACGUCGCUAUAACUAUGUACAGCAGAUGAGGCGCACGAUCGCACGUUUACAUUUACAAAAUAGAAAUUACCUUAUUUUGUUAUAGUUAUCGAUAAUUUACAUAAAAACCAAUUGUAUUUUAUAUUUUCAUAUGUAUUGUAUUGCUCAAAUUUUCCGUUAAAAGUCAAGAAAUAACAUUUGUAUUCUAAGUUUUAUUAAUAAAUUGCAUUUGGUUGUAUAUACACAUA